UGACGCCGCGCCGCGUGACGCGCUGUACGCAUCGAUCCUGCGAUGCUCGCUAUCGCUAGUUACUCUCGCUGAUUCGUGAUGAUGGUUCGACGCAGCGGCAGGUACACCACCUGGCGUGGAUUUAAAGAUUUCGCGCUUGGAAAACCACCGGACGAAGAAAAAGAAAAGCCAAAACCAGAGGACGACCUAUCGAACCAUGACGAAAUAUUCUUGAAAAGUAUCGUUGAAAGUCCGGAUUUCGGGCGAAAAAGUGAGCCCAUCGAAUCAGAGGAGGACCUGGUCGUAAAACCCGUAUCGUUGGAUAACGUAAACAUAAUACGGUUGCUGAGCGAGUAUCGUGGCACCAACAUCAGAACUAUUGAGCAAGCGGAACUCGCUAUAUUGCUAUCCAGAAUACAUUUUAAGGCUUUAAUAGAUGCUCAUGAUGCAAUAGGUGCCUUGUGGCUUCAAAGAGGAUCUGGCAUUGAAGAGCCACCUGCUAAACAGGACAAAGACACUGCAGAAGGUGUGGAAACUAGCCCGGAGGAGAACGGAGACAUGCCUGUGGAGACAGUCAAAGUUGUAGGCCUUAGGAAAGUGCCUGGACAACCUUUAGGGUUAACGGUCACAACAGAUGAGCAUGGCCAACUCAUAGUAGCUAGAAUAUUAGCCGGCAGUGCCGCAGCCAAGCAAGCCUUACUCUCCAUAGGAGACGUCCUGCUAGAAGUAGACGGAGUACAAGUAGAUACUGAAGAGCAGCUAAAAGAGGCAGUGUCCAAGCCUAAUGAUAGAGUCACCUUAAAAGUGGGGCCUAACCUUAAGGAGAAAAGUUCCCAGUUAACGAAUAAGCUUAGUUGCUACAUGAGAGCUCUGUUUGACUAUAAUCCGAAGGAGGACACGCUAUUACCAUGUAAAGAAAUUGGACUGGAAUUCAAAAAGUGUGAUAUUUUACAAGUGUCAGACAGAAAAGACCCCAACUGGUGGCAAGCGAGUCAUGUAGAAAACCCUGAUGUAGUAGGUCUAAUACCCUCUCCGGAAUUGGAGGAAAGAAGAAAAGCGUAUGUGCCGCCUGAAGCGGACUUCGUUCAUAAAAUUAGCAUAUGUGGAGCUAGGAUAUCUAAAAAGAAGAAAAAGUUCGUAUACGAGUCCCGCUCAAGCGUACAGCUGGAAGGCGCGGAAUUAGCGCUGUAUGAAGAAGUAGCGCGGACUCCGCCGUUCCUACGGCGGGUGUUAGCGCUAGUGGGCACGCACGGCGUGGGCCGGCGCACGCUCAAGAAUCGCAUGCUCCACGAACAUCCCGACCGCUUUGGAGCCGUUGUACCACAUACUUCCCGGCCUCCCCGACCGCUAGAAGAGAACGGCACGUCAUACUGGUUUGUGUCGCGCGAGGAGAUGGAGCGAGACGCGCACGCGGGUCGUUUCCUCGAGUAUGGAGAGCAUAAUGGGCAUCUUUACGGGACCCAUUUGGAUUCUAUCCGGGCCGUCAUCAAAGAGGGCAAGAUGUGCAUCCUGGACUGCGCGCCGGCGUCGCUGAAGCUGCUGCACAACAGCAGCGAGUUCCUGCCCUACGUGGUGCUGGUGGCCGCGCCUGGCAUCGAGCAGCUCCGGAACCUCACCUUCGCCUCCAACCGCAAUCUGACGUUCGACCGGCAGAGCUCCAUUCGCUUUAGCUCGCGCCGCGCGCGCACGCUAGAGUCCCUCGCUUCGCUAUACGAGGAAGAAGACAUGAAGCAAACGCUAGAAGAGAGCGCCCGGAUACAGCGCCAGAACGAGAAGUAUAUAGAUCUCGUGAUCACCAAUCACAACAACGACACCACGUACUCGCGCAUCAUGGACGCGCUACACACGCUCUCCACCGACCACCAGUGGGUGCCCGUCAGCUGGAUAUACUAACACACUUCGCUGUCCGAUCGAACACGAAGUGUACGUUAGACCUUACUGUUCAGCAAACGUUAGAAGAGAGCGGAUACAGCGCCAGAACGAGAAGUACAUCGACCUGGUCAUCAUCAUCACCAAUCACAAGAACGACACCACGUACUCGAGCAUCAUGGACGCGCUGCACACGCUCUCCACCGACCACCAGCGGGUGCCCGUCAGCUGGAUAUACUAACACACUCCGCUGUACGAUCGAACACGAUGUGUCCGCUAGACCUUACUGUUCAGCAAACGUUAGAAGAGAGCGGAUACAGCGCCAGAACGAGAAGUACAUAGACCUGGUCAUCACCAAUCACAACAACGACACCACGUACUCGCGCAUCGUGGACGCGCUGCACACGCUCUCUACCGACCACCAGUGGGGCCCGUCAGCUGGAUAUACUAACAAGGGUGACACUUCGCUGUGUUCGUCAAAGAUAAUGUUUACAUUUUUCGCCUUAUUAGCUUAUUAUUAUUACAAAGAAAGGUGCAAAAGGUAAACAUUUGACGUCGCCUGUUAGAAUAACUUGAUGUUUAUGUCAAUAGUACCAAAGAUUCAUUGAUCGUAUAAAGUCUAGAAAAAUUUGUACUACUUUUCACGGCGCUUGUCAAUUUCGCCGGCCGCGCGGCCGGUUUGACAAUUCGGUCACCACAAAACAUAUAUCUGGCGCCGUACAGCGCCGUCUACUUCAGCUUUCAAACUUGGGGCACUAUUUUUACUUAGACUUGGUACUAAUCUUAUACAAUCAAUGAAUUUUUGAUAGUACUUUCCCAUAAAUAGUGUUAUAGAUAAAAGUCAAAUUGCCAUCGCCUGGCACAUUAUUUAAAUGGGUCGCUUAUUCACUUACCAUAAAGCACACAUCUUCUGGUUUCUUUAACGACACCGACUAACAGCCCAAUAAUGCAAGCUGUCUGAUUAAUUACGAGAAUGUUCGUCUUCGAAACUUCAAGGAUGAUAAAAUACAUGUCGUAUACACCAUCAAUGCGACGUAAUAACCGUACCUAGUAUAAUUAAUGGGGGUUUAGUCAAACACUCAAAAUGGCUUAAAUAUUAUGUUGUAAUCGUAAUUAUGAAAGAUGGCUUGCCAAUCGGGCUAAAUAGGUUUAUAAAUUUACA